AGCAGCAGCAGCAACAACAUGCCUGAAGCUGAUGUAACGUACGCUGACGUGAAGUUCACAACGCCGAGGUCCAGAGGUAAUGUUGCAGCAGAGGACAUGACCUACUCUGAGGUGAAGAUCUCUAACAAACAGGAAGCAGUCUGUUCAACAAACAUCCAACAGUCUGGAUCCAGCAGUAGGUCAAAGGUCACCCCAGAGCGUCUGGUUCUGCUGGGACUCGUUGUUCUGUUGGCAGCGGCUCUCAUCGCUCUCGGACUGACCUACAUUCAGACCAAUCAGACUCUCCAAUCCCUGAAAGAAACUGUGAGGAAAAAUAUUUCAGAUAUAAAACCUGGGAAUAAAAGUUCUACACCUGCGUGUCCAACAGGUCCAUCAUGUCCAUCAUGUCCUCCAUCUCCUAAAGCAAAAAGUCUGACAUGUCUGAAGUGUGAAGCAGGAUGGGAGCCACAUGGAGGAAACUGUUAUUAUUUCUCCAGCACUAAAUCCUCCUGGACUGACAGCAGACGCUCCUGCAUUAAUCGGGGAUCAGACCUGGUGAAGAUCGACAGCAGAGAGGAGCAGAUGUUCCUGGAGGUCAGACUGAGAGGCUUGAUGGAGGACGAUGAGGACAAGUUCUGGAUCGGACUGACGGACUCAAAGACAGAAGGAAAAUGGCUCUGGAUGGACGGAUCUCCUCUGGAUAAAAGUUUGAGCUUUUGGAGUCAGAAUGAGCCUGAUAACUGGAAAAAUGAAGACUGUGUGAGGAUGGGAGAGAGAGGAGGAACUCAUGAUCUGAGAUGUUGGUUUGAUAAAGACUGUAAUGUUGCUCAUAAAAGUAUCUGUGAGAAACCAGCAGCAGCUCAUCACUGUGUCUGAAGUUCAGCUCAGUCUAUAAAACAAGCUGCAGAGAUUCUGGUUCUUUAAACAUUUAAACUUUUCUUCCAGACAUGUUGAAACAUCAGUUUCUCCAUUUUCAUAUUAUUCCUAUCAGCUUUAGUAAUUUUCUAAUCAGCAGCAGCAGCAGCAGCAGAUCAACAAGAGAAAAGCUCAGGAGAACCUGCAGCAGAACUUUUCCAUCAGAGUUUAACAGAGGAUUUAUUUCUGCUUCUGGUUCUGGUGGUUCUGGACCCCACAUGUGACUCGGCUCAGAACAUUUCAGAGGCUCUGCAGCUUCUGACGAUCCAUCACAGAGAGCAGGACAUGUGGAAAACCAGAACAUCUCUACUAGUUAACAGCAGCUACAACUGAAUCAGUUCAUGUUCACAGUUCACCUGCUGAACAUCGAGAACUGAAACUCCCAACAUAAAGUAGUUCCUGUUGUUCCAUCAGCUUAUGUUGUGUGUAAAGCUUUGCAUGAUGUCGUAUGGAUGAUGGUUUCUGCAGCAUGACUCAUCAUGUUUCCACGUAGAAAAAUAAAGAUCAGAUCCAGCAUCAGAGCUCCAGCUUUCAUGUUAUCAUCUUACAGCAGCAGCUGUUCAUGUGGCUCUCAGGGUCAUGAAUAAACUCUUUAAACUGCAUGAAACUGAUCUCUGUCUGGUUCAUCGGACUGGACAUUUAGACUGAAGGACGGAG